AUGAAGGUCAGAGUUCCCAUCAACGGCAGACCGAGCCCCGAAGUUCAGUGGAUGAAAAAUGGUACCUUGGUGGAGGCGAACGAGCGGAUAUCCUUCGAACAAGAUGACACCAGUGCCACGAUGUUGGUGAGGAACUGCAGCAGAGGGGAUGUGGGCACCUACUGCAUUAAGAUCAGAAACUACAUGGGCUUCGACGAAGCCUCCUUCCCUGUUAAUGUUACUGAUCGACCAGGUAGUGUUUCCAACAAACCUCAAGUGCUAGAUGUCACGGACAGUUCGUGUGUGGUCACUUGGUCGCCUUCUUCCGACGAUGGCGGGUCGCCAAUUUUGGAGUACAUAGUCGAGGAGUGUGAAAAAGUGGCAGGCAGGUGGAAGCUGGCCGGCUCAACUACCUUCAACAGGAUCACAGUAACUGGAUUGAAGAAAAAUAGUCAAUAUGCGUUUCGGGUGAAGGCGCGCAACGUAUACGGCACGAGUGAGGAAAGCCAGGCUUCUGAUUGGGCGAGGAUUAAGAUGACGUCGUGCCAGAAUUUUGAUUACGAUAAAUUUGGUGGUAAUGAUAAUGAUGAGGAUGUGGAUCAUGACCUAGACAAAUUGAAUGCAACUGACAAAAAUGUCGGUAAUAAUGUUGAAUUCAGGGGUCAGUUCGGGAUGAUGCACCGGGUGAUUGAGAAGUCCACGGAUCGCAACUACCUCGUCCGAUUCUCCAUGAGCACGUCGGCUGAGAAGUUGCUGAUGAGGAGGGAGGUGGACAUUACGAACCUGCUAACGCAUCAACACCAGUCUCUGCACCACCGACAUCAGUGCGGCAUCAUCUACCUCCACGAUGCUUUCGAAACUGAUGGAGAAAUUGCUUUCGUUUAUGAAUUUUUGUCAGGACCUGACCUAAUUACCAAGCUGUUGAAUGUGGGUCACACAGAGGUCAGGAUUAUCAAUUACAUGAGACAAAUAUGUCAAGCUGUCGCUUUCAUGCACGUCAACGAUAUCGUCAACUUGGACAUCAGGCCAGAAACAAUUUUCUUCACAACAUCGAAGUCUGAGAAUUUGAAACUGACAAACUUCGGAACGUCUCAGAAGCUGGAUCCAGAUAGGUCGGUUCGUGUCGUUUACCCGUCAAUUAGUUUUUGCCCUCCUGAACUCUUGACCUUUGAACCGGUCUCAUUUUAUUCUGACGUCUGGAAUCUUGGAGUGCUGGCCUACUUAUUAGUGUCAGGAACGCAACUUUUCGAGUCAGCUGAGUUGGACGAGGCGUACAACAGAAUCACAUCACACGAUGAGGUGGCCUUCAAUGAGGACACCUGGACAGACGUCUCCAACUACUGCCAGAACUGGAUCAGCAGGUGUCUUCGCAGGGAGCCCGUCAAGAGGAUGAGCAUGGUUGAGGCUCUGGCUCACCCCUGGCUCAAUGUUCGCUCUACUUUUCUUAGUUUUUUAUUUUACGAUUUCAUUUGA